AUGGACGGGGUUCGAGCCAAAAUGUCGUCCCUCACACCGUUCGCAAAGAAACACAAAGUCACAGUGAUAGGGUCUGGCAACUGGGGCUCCACGAUCGGAAAGAUGGUGGCAGAAAACACGGCUGAACAUCCCGAGCUUUUCGAGCGAGACGUGCAGAUGUGGGUGUAUGAAGAAGAGGUCGAGGUCGACGAGAAAUCAAAACACUACGACGAAUCCCACGAAUUAUGCAAAGGACCACAGAAGCUCACAGCAAUCAUCAACACCCUCCACGAGAACGUCAAGUACCUACCGGGUAUCGAUCUACCUCAUAACCUGGUCGCGAAUCCUUCCCUCACCGACGCCGUCAAGAACUCCUCGAUCCUCAUCUUCAAUCUCCCUCAUCAGUUCAUUUUGAACCUCUGCAAACAAUUGCGCGGCCACAUUCUACCCUUCGCUCGAGGCAUAUCCUGUAUAAAAGGCGUGAAUGUCAAGGAGUCCUCUAUCAGCUUGUUUUCCGAGACCAUUGGAGAAGAGCUGGGCAUAUACUGUGGUGCGCUGUCAGGUGCAAAUAUUGCCAAAGAGAUUGCUCAAGAGAAGUUCUCCGAGACAACCAUCGCCUAUGAUCCCCCGCCAAUGGACUCACAAGCACCUACUCCUGCUACAUCUCAAGGUCCUAGUCCGGCCUCGAGUCAUGUGGAUUUGACCAAGCUAGCCCAUAAGGACGUCUCUGGCAACCCGUCAAAGGUCAAGCUCAAGCCUCUCCCUUCUGAGUAUCAACCGAUUGAUCAUGACACAAUCAAGAAGCUGUUCCACCGUCGGUACUUUCAUGUUCGAGUUGUCUCUGACGUAGCUGGUGUGUCACUUGGAGGUGCCCUGAAAAACAUAGUCGCUGUCGCCGCAGGCUGGGUCGACGGGCUCGGAUGGGGCGACAAUGCCAAAGCUGCAGUCAUGCGAGUUGGCCUGCUGGAAAUGAGGGAGUUUGGCAACCGGUUUUUCCCUCACACCGUCCACCCAGACACGUUUACGGUCGAAUCGGCUGGGGUUGCCGAUCUGAUCACGACGUGUUCCGGAGGUCGAAAUCAUCGGUGUGCGAAGUUAAGCAUCAUGGAGGGCAAAUCGAUUGAAGAGAUCGAAGCGAGAGAACUCAAUGGUCAAAAGCUGCAGGGAGCCAUGACAGCUCACGAGGUCAAUACUUUCCUCAAGAGUCAAGGCGCGGAGAAGGACUUUCCUCUUAUGACGGCUGUUCACAAUGUUCUGGUUGGUAACGAAAAGGCUGAGAACAUUCCGGAUCUUAUCGAACCAGAGGAUGAGUAA